GAUGGUUCCAUGUCUGGAUUCUCUACCAACCCGGGGAGGCUUUGGUUGCCAAUGAAAAUGAAUCCCACAGUGGGGAGGCACCCACGAGGGUUGAGAGUAGAGAGAGCAUUACGGACAGCCACUUCCCUGUCUCCCAAAAAAUGCGUGCCUUCAGAGGAUACGAACCGCCAUUUUUCUAUUUUACAGGAAGUCAGGAGCUAUGAGGCCAAGUCAAACACGCCCAUGUACAUUGUAACUCAGAUAUGCCCCGUCUGCCUUCAGGGGAAAAAGAAGUGCAGGAAGAAGUUAAAUGUUUUCCAUGCGGGAACUCGGAAUUAUUUGAAGCCUUUCGUCAAGGUUCAACAACUACAUCUAACGGUGAUAUUGAGACUCCAAUAUUCAUCAAAGUCUAUGGAACACAUAAGCGGGAAAUGUUUGUUAUUUAAAUGGUGGAGUUUCCGCAAUAUUUUUGCAAAUGGGCUCGCAUCAAUACAAAUGUGGUAAAGCUAAUAGGAUUUUUACUGUAGCUGAAUGAACCAAGCCACCAAAUUACAAACAGAAGAAAAGAAAAUUUGCAAACAUGGAUUCUUUUGAAGAAUCAAAGAAUGAUAUGAAUAUUUGGAUGUCCUUUUUACAGUCUUCUACAACUAUUUUCAUGCAUGGGUUUUCUGCUUCUUCACAUCUAACUUUGUUAUUAGUUUUAUCUAUUUCUUGGGCUUACAAGAGAUG